AUGGCACCCGUCGAGACUCCCAAGGGGCUGUUUCUCAGGGUCAACCGAGCAGUCGAUCAGGACCAGGCCCUCGACUUCUUGCUCAACGUCAAGAUGGUCGCCAAUACGCUCAGAGGUGAGUCUGAUGCGCAGAGCGAUGUCGUUCAGACACAGCUCGCCCUCUUGCAGGAGUACGAGGCCCAUUACAGGGCCGAGGUACACAGAUUGUCGGUUUCCGCCGUGGCAUUCUCACCCUCAGCCGCCACCACAAAUUCGGCGCCUGUGCUUGACACGCAUCAGGAUGGUAGCUCGCGUUCUGACAGCCAGGGUCAGGGCCUCUACCCCUGUCCUGACCACAAGAAGCCCUCCUAUACUCACAGUCAAGGUCAGUGUCGCAACCCGUGGCAACCAAAACCCGAGGCACAUCAGGAAUACCAGCCCACGCGCCGCGCCGCUCAACGCGAUGGUAACUCCAUCGCCUCACAUGUUGACGACUCUGGCCGAGUCUCCAAGUCAGGUCCCAAGCCAAAGAGGAUGAACAAGAACUGGACUCCUCAGGGCGGUGACAGGAAGUAA